UUAAAUAUUUUCCGAUAUACAAAUGUAUAGUAAAAGGGGGAAUGUUACUAUAAAACUCUUUCCUACGUAAGUUACAAUUUACAACUUUUAGGUGAUUUACUAGAGCUACAAAUUGUACAAGGUUACGACAAAUAUUCAACAGACAGUGAUAAAAAUUAGAAAUACGAGUAAGGAAGUACCUGGCUAAAAUAUCAGAUAGAAUAUGCACUCACUGUGGUAAACUAUCUGUACACUACAGGAAACCAAACGGAUGAAACAGCUGGAGAAAGAUUUGGAAGCUCUUCUGAACGAGAAGGACACACUACAAAAAGAAAACAAGAAGCUGGAAAGUAAAUGCCAACAGACCGACGAAUUUCUUGGUGUCAUCCAAACUUUGAAGACUGAAAACAAUAAAUACAAGGAAGAUUUAAAACGGAAACAAGAUAACGUCAGCAGUGAAAUAGAGCAGAUCUCUUUGGACUCAUGUUUACCAUGUGACAGUAAGGGGGCAGAGAAAAAACUUAGUGACGGCAACACCGCUAUUCCUGACCUCAGUGACCCCAACAGACCCAUAAAGCUGGGGGAGAAGUACAACGAGUUGUACGACAAUGAGUGGACGGACGCCAUGGAAAAACUUGGCGAGUUUGAGGAGGACGAAAGAAAAAACGUGCAAAAACUGCUAGACAUCAUCAAGGUACUCAAUGGGUGUUAUUAUAAAAGUCACAUAUACAUGUAAAAUAUUUUUUUAAAGUAAUCAUAUAGGAUGAAGAUCUGGUUUUACUAAUUCGACAUAACGUUCAUUCUCACUUAUCAUGGGCCAAUACAUAUAUAGUAAAAGUGGAAAAAUGAACUUUGCAUUGCGAACAUUUUGUUAUCUUGUAUAGGAUAAUGAACCGAAAGGGUUCUGUUUUCUAUUGACCAGUUUUGAAAACAGAAGUGUCCAUUCCCAACAGGUCAUUGGUAUUAAAACAGAUACGUGAUCAAGUACUUCUUCAGAAAAAAAUGUUUUUUCUUCUUCAAAUUAACCAUA